ACCGCGAUAUUACAUGUUGGAAUCUGUUAAAAUCCGAAAACGAAAUAAAGAAAAACCGAUCGUCUUCUCCGUGAAGGAGAGCCGGGCAGGAAGAGGAGCAGAAGGGGCCUUGGCUCCAAAAAAACAGAUAAGAGCAAGAAAAUAAUUUCGGCGGCAAAACAAAAUCUUGAGUUUUAUAAGAUUUUCAGCUGUUUCGGCAACUUAGGACUGCUGUGGCCUUCUCAGUUAUGUCAGAAGCUCCUAAAAGUUUUGCUGCAUCCAGAGGUCAUGGUAAAGUAGGACCAGAUUACUUUGGUUACUAUACAUGUGAAGUAAAAGAGCUCUUAUCACAAGAUGAAGAUUUCCUGCCUUUUACUGUACAAACCCCUGAAAUGAGUAAAAGAAAAUGUGGCGAGGUCAGAGGCCAGGAUACAAUUGAUGGUAGAGGUAGUGGUGCUAGUUCUUCUUUUAGUGACAGCAUUGGAGCUGGGCUUUCAGAUUUCAAAAAGGAAAGAUUGAAGUCAUUACUAAGGCAGGGUGUGUUUGAUCUCACACCGGAAGUUGAUGAGAUGUUGGAUCCUGUUAUAGCCAUGUGUCAGUUACAAUCUCAAAUCAGAAAUAAGAAGUCUUUAUCAAGUGAUAUUGGUACAGCAUCCAAGGGUCAUGCAGUGGAAGUUCCUUUUAAGAAACAUAAGACAUCUUCUUCCUUCUCCUCAACCAGCAUCCCUGCACAUCCCAAUCCCCUCAAUUCUGAAUCUUGUAAAGAGGUGGAUGGUGAUUUGCAGUUCCUUCUAGAGAAUGACAGCUUGCAGGUUGAGGAGAUGUUGAAAAAAUAUUUUGAUGAACUCUCAGCAACACUAGGGCACAUGGAACAACAGCUUGAAGAACUUCUUAAUGCUGUGGUGUCAAAGUGCAGACCUAUGACACUUUCUGAGAAGCACGAGCUUCGGAAAAUGAUUCAAAAGCUACCGCCGAAUAACCUUGACCGUGUCGUUGAAAUUGUCCGACAUAAUAAAUCGGCAGAACCCCAAUCUUCUGAUGAAUAUUUUGUUGAUUUAGAAAAAGAGGAUAAUAUAACACUUUGGAGACUGUAUUACUAUGUUAAAGCAGUUCAGAAAGCUAGGGAGCUCUUAGCGUAGCUAACUCUCUUAAUAGCGAUGUCAUAUUAUUGACAAGAAUGUUGACAUAACUUCGCAACACCAGUGCAGUUAGUUGAUCAAGACAACAUCAGCUUCUCACUCUCUUAAAAGCAGCUGUCUGGACUUCACAGGCAAUUGUUGAUUUUCUGAAUUCUUCAAAUGAUUUCUCUGGAGAGUCCUAACUAGAGUAUACAUAUUGAGUUCUUGUUUUGAGUAAAUACAGAAAAGAGGCGUUAUACCUCACCAUUAUCUGUUACCGAGAGCAAGAACAUUCUUUUUGUAGUGCCUACAGCCUUGGUUCGAUGAUUGAUUCUAGCAUUAUACUUUGGAUGGUAUAGGUUGAAAAUUUGUGUUUUCGUACAUUACGUAAAUUUUGAAGAGGAUAUACAUUUAGUUUUUAGUCUAAAUUUGUUUUUCCAUAAUGUCAGUACUGAUGUUAGGGUUGCUUUUACAUCAAGAUUACACCUUGAGUUGUAUGACGUUUACAGCUCCCAACGAUUUUCUUUGUCCUGCUGUUAAUGGUAUGAAGAUCACUUAA